UGUCCUCUCAUCUCCUUCUCCCGGAAGCCUCCCUCUUAAAAUCUCCGCAGAAAUCACCACCACCUCUGCCCAAUUCUCCCCUGCGGCACGCACUCCGAACCCUCCCCGAGAUCGCGGGAUCGGGCGGCGGCGACCCUCCUGUUAAUGCGCGUGCUCCCCUGAGGUUCUCGUGGGAAUUUCGUGGUACUCGUUCCACAUCGAACUGUGGGUGCCGUAGGAUUGGUGACUCUACAUUGUGUGAUCGAGUUGGCAUUGGCGGCUUUGUGGACUGUCCUGUUACUGAUAUGGACGAAGUGCCGGGUAAUCAGGAUAAUCCGGAACUCAGACCUUUUCUUGGCAAGAUCACCGGAGUGAUGUAUGCAAAUCAUGGGGAACAAUCUGCAGGGAGUCCUUCCUCUGAGACGGGGUGGGUUCCCAUUAUCGCAAGAAGACCGUCGAAUUCGCAGGUUGCUCUGCAUGAUAUGGCAAUGGUUGGAAGUAACGGGCUUGGUGUGGGAAUCCUUGAGAAUGCCAUUUUGUUUGAUGAUCGGUCCCUGACGUCGGCAUUCGAGAACAUGAGCUUGAGUUUCAUGGAUGGUGCUGCUGGGUCUGCUGCUAACUCUGGCAGUGUUGCAGCUAGGGAUGGACACUGUCCUGCAGGCCUUGAGAUUUCAUCUGCUGACAACAGACGGAACGGAUCACUUCAGCCGAUAUUUGCUCAAGAUGAUUUUGUGCCUUCAUCUCUGAGGAUCAACAAUGCUGAACACAUGAAGCCAAGAUUUGGUGGGCAAAAUCCUCAAGUAUACACAGGGAUGCAUGGCUCAGAUAAUACUUAUGUGACUACAAUCAAUUUACCAGCACCUUCGCCUUUCCAGCAACAGAUUUUUAUCGAUGGGUGGUCACAGAUGAAUGCACCUUAUCAGCAGAUGGACUCGAAAUUCAGGUGGCAUGAUAUUGAUAAGGAGAGGCAUUCUCUCAUGCAGUCACGGUAUUCUUAUCCGCAGAUGCCACAGGUUGCUCGCUCUGAUGUUCGUUGGAUUAAUAGCAAUCAAUGUGGUGUUGCCAACUCCUCUGUCAAUUCUGUAGCUUCACCUCAUCUUAGGACGCCCACUCUUCAUAAUCUGGCACAUGGCAGUGCUGAUAUCUACUGGAAUGGUGAUAUGGUUCCUAAUGGGAAUAACCAACUGAAUUCUUCACGUGUGAAUAAAUGUCCCUGUAUCAUUUAUCCUGAUUGCUCAUGUGAAACCUGUGAAUAUUGCCAGAUUCAGCAAUCAGAAAAGCUCAAACAUCCAUAUGGGCUCAGACGUACACCCAAAGGUUUGUUACAAAAUCACUUUUUAGGUAAAGUCAGACUGAAAAGUUCUUCUGAGAAGAUCCUGAUGAAGUCCGAUGGUGUAAAUUCAAUUAGAAAUAUCAAGCCUGACUUUGCACUUGAUGGGUGUGCUGAAGCAAAUCAAAGAACCGACUGUAAUGGGCAUAAUCAUCAGCUCAAUAUUCAGAGCAAAGACUCCUUGCAUUUUGACUUGCAGAGCUCUCAGUGUUUGUCAUCCUUGGGAUCUGAUUUGGUCAUGAAAUCUGUUCAACUUAAAUAUAGUUCAGUGGAUGAAGUUGUUGGAGAAUUGUACCUCUUGGCAAAGGAUCAGAAUGGCUGCCGCUUCCUACAAAGGAUAUUUACAGAAGGUUCUCAAGAGGAUGCUCAAAAGGUCUUUGAUGGUGUCAUCGAGCAUAUUGAUGAACUUAUGGUUGAUCCAUUUGGAAAUUACUUGGUACAGAAACUACUUGAAAGGUGUAAUGAUGAUCAAAAGAUGCAUAUAAUAUAUGAAAUAACCAAAAGACCGGGCCAGCUAAUUAAAGUUUCAUGCAACAUGCACGGGACACGUGUGGUUCAAAAGGUGAUAGAAACUAUUAAAACCUCAGAUGAAGUUUCCAUGGUUGUAUCUGCUCUGAGCCCUGGUGCCAUAACUUUGAUGAUGGAUGCAAAUGGCAGCCACGUCACACACCGUUGCUUGCAGAAGCUGUCACCCGAGUACAAAGCGUUCCUUCUCAAUGCGGCCAUAGAAUAUUGCUUUGAGCUCGCAAAAGAUCGUCAAGGCUGUUGUAUCAUCCAAAAAUGUAUUCUUCAUGCAAAUAAGGAGCAGAAGAACAGGUUGUUGUACAAUAUCACAUCCAGGGCUCUUGAUCUUGCAGAACAUCAGUACGGGAACUAUGUAAUACAGUAUAUACUCGAGCCCAACAUUACAUGGGUAACGAAUGAAAUACUGGACAAGCUCGAGGGUCACUACGGAUAUCUAUCAAUGCAAAAGUGCAGUAGCAACGUGGUUGAGAAAUGUUUGAAAGAAGCACAGGAGCCUAAACGUGUGAAAAUCAUCCUUGAGCUCAUCAAUGACCCGAAAUUGCCGCAUAUCUUGCUCGAUCAGUAUGGGAACUAUGUGAUUCAAACAGCGCUCCAAAAGUGUGAGGAUGCUGCAGUUCACGCUGCAUUGGUUGGAGCCAUUAAGCCGCACAUCUCUGCUCUUCGAAACAACAUGUAUGGAAAGAGAGUUCUGUCGAAAAUCUGCCUGAAGAACAAGAAGUACUGAUCCCACGCCUCCUCGAACUGCCUUUCAGACUUCAUCACACUUCAGGCAACGUGCAUGAGGUGUACCAACCUGUAAUAAGUAACAUAUUUAAAAGAUAGGUCAUCAUAAAACUGAGUAGAUUAAUGAAGGGAGAAAAGGAAGGAGAGCAGCCUUUUAAAAGAUAGCUCGUCAUAACACUAGUACAUGAGGUUCGAGGAGACCACAUUUUGGGCCACUCUAGGCAAUGCGUGUUGCAUAUUAUUGAGUUGUAGAGGUUUUGUGCAAAUAAUAAUGAGUUAUGUUAUUUUUACAGUGCAUUUGUAGAUGCUAGUAUAUUCUCUCAACCAGUAACCUUUAUGUGAUAUA